AUGAUUCAGUAAAUUUGCUCAUAAUGAAAUUAAAAUCAAUAAAGUCUAGAAACAGGCCUACUAAUUGUGUAUUAUCCAGGCCCAGGAGAUGAUGACACUCUAAAACUCUCCACUCUUGCUCUUGUAAAUGAAAUAAUCCUUUUACUCAAUGUAGACUCUAAAUUGUACGCUCCUGGUCCUGGAUAGACUGGUUAAAUAGACCUAGGUCUCGAAUUCAUAUAAUCUAAAAAUUCCUUGUUCACCUUAUAGGGUUUUUCAGGCGGACAUCUGAAAACCCUUACUACAGAAAUGUUGUAGUUUCCAGGUCCUGGGGUUUCCGAGUUUCUAUUGAACAUCUAUCGUUAGCCUUUGGGAAAAGAGGGUCCAAUAGGUUUUUGUAUUUGA